CCGCUAGUUUCCCCUGUUCCUCCGUCCAGCCUCCCUCCCGGCAGGCCGUGUUGCCCUUCCCGUCGGCGGCGCUACCAUACAUGGCCACCUUAUCGGCCGUCUCCGCCAUUGCCGGCGGCUUCGGUGCGGCGACGGCGACCACCCUGAGCUGGAAGGGAAGCAGGGUUUCAGGCCGGAGCCUCAUCUCCAUGGGGGCGACGAGAAGCCGCCUCGUCUCCCUGCGAACACCUCGCUUCCGCGUCUACGCGGCCAAGCCGGAGACGGUGAGCAAGGUGAUGGACAUCGUGAAGCAGCGGCUGGCGCUGGGCGCGGACGCGGCGGCGGCGCUGACGCCCGAGUCCAAGUUCACGGACCUCGGCGCCGACUCGCUCGACACCGUGGAGAUCGUCAUGGCGCUCGAGGAGGAGUUCAAGAUCACCGUCGAGGAGGACAACGCCCAGAACAUCACCACCAUCCAGGACGCCGCCGAACUCAUCGACAAGCUCGUCGGAUGAUUCCAUCAUUUUAUUUUAUUUUUGUUGGAAGAAUGAUGAACGUUGUUGGUUGGCCAGGAUCGAUUUUCUUCUUCUUCCUCUUAGCUCCUUUCCAGCCUAGCGUACGUCUUUACUUUAUUUGUUUGGGCUCCGAUCCCCAGCUCUUGUUCCCGCCAAUUUUUAGCUGUACGUGACGUGGCUGCGUCUUUUUGAAAGAUUCUUCAUGUUAGGAUUCAUCACCAUGUUCCUGCACCGACGCACUUGUGAAUUGUCAGUACAAUCAUUGACGAGGCAUUGGAAUAUCAUUUUCACAAGAUUUGUUUGAA